UUAUUUUCCAAAGACAUGUCGGGGCGGGAAGCAUCAGCUGUUCACUUCCUCUUUGUUUACCUCGGCGACUCCGGACUCUUGGACCUCUUAUUCCUCUUAUUCAUGAGACAAUAUUGAGGUAACAGCUGCAACUCCUUGAAGAUGAACGGUGAGGGGGUAGACUCUGCCAAGAGUGAUGCCAAUGGCAAUGCCAACAAGAAAGGCUCCCUUGGGGGUGGCCUCAGGAACUUCCGCAUGGACAAGGAGGAUACGGCCAAAGGGCAGAUGUCCAUGCUGAGAUACUUCAGAAACGAAGGGAAGAAGAAUGCAAAAUUACCUGCAAAAGACAAGUCUGAUACAGAAUCUCCCAAGUCGACGAGCCCAGUAUUAAAGUCUCGCCAGGCCCACAACAAGAGCCGCGAUAGUCCGGCAGCCCAGGAUGCAGGCUCCCCAACCAAGAAUACGACGACCUUGGUGAAGAAGCCCAUAACCACUAUAUCUGUCCACACAACUACCUCAUUACCUGAUCUGGAUGCCAAAAAUUCCUCGAAGUCUGUUAUCGAGGAAAGCGAUGACGAGUUAGACAACGGUGGCGAAAAAAAUACCUCAGAUACCAGCCCAGUGAUCCAGCGGAAGACUGUCAGAGUCAUGGAAGUGUCAAAUGGCACCUCGCCCUCCUCUACUUCCUCUUCAUCUACCUCCACCACCAGCAGACAAGAGGGAAAGAAGGCGCCGAUCCGUCUCUCAAAGCCUCUGUUUGUCCAGCCGCCAAGCCCAGACCAGAAGGACUAUGAUGCGGAAACAGAUGACGAGGACGGACCCCCCACCUCCUCCGAGAACCCCCUGGGAGGAGUGCCCAUGAAGGUUCUAAUCAACAGCCUCUCACCCAGCAAGUCUGUCUCAAGCACAUCAGUGGACCAGGACCAGGACAGCCAGGAUGGUAUAUUUAUUCGGGUCAAGCCUGUGAAGAGAGCUCGCCUUGUGGUAUCAGAUGACGAUGACGAUGAUGUCAUCAAGCCUCCAGCAAAAAAGAUGCAGCUCAACGGCCAUUCUGACUCGGAUAGGAUUACUGGUGAAGACGAUGAGAAGAUCGAACAGUAUAUCGAGACAUUUGAAAGCCUUUACCCCAAAAUUGAGAAGAUGGAAAUGAUGGAUGUGUUCAGGAAGAAUGAAUGGGAUGCCCAGUUGACCAUAAGAGAUUUGGAUAAAUUAGAGAAAGAGAGAAAGCAAAAGUUCCUACAAGAACAGAGACAGAAGAGAGAAGAGGAGAGACAUUCAAAGAAUUCCGAGAGGGAAUUACAGCAGAUGAAGAAGAAUGCCAAAAGAGAAAGGGUCAGAGCACAAAAGGAGUCGUGGAAAGCAAAAGCUGCGGCAAGGAUAGAGGAGCAAGACAUGGAAGAGGAGGAGGAAGACUACAAUUUUGGAGGGUCAAAGGUGUAUGACAGUGAUGCUGAUUCCGAUACGGAACCAGACACACAUAUGACCACGGACCGACAGCUGGUAUUGCAGUUCUUUAACGAGGCAUCUGUGGGUGAACUAGCGGCCAUCAGCGGCUGCUCUAAGAAGAAAGCUGAAGUUGUUGCCCAGAUUAGACCCUUCACCGACUGGAAAGAUAUUAUUGACAAGUUCCAAACGGAGAAAUAUGUUAGCACAGACCUCUUGAAUGAAGCAAAGACCAUCUUGCAUGUAAGAAAUACAGUGCAGAAGCUUAUGAAGAAAUGUGAAAACAUUGCCAAGGAAAUGCAGACCAUUGUUUCACGGACUGUGAGUGGGGAGGAAGAUGCAGGGAUCAGUAAACAGCCAAGCAUCAUGAAUACAACAUUGCAUAUGAAGAGCUAUCAGCUGAUUGGAUUAAAUUGGCUAGUCCUUAUGCACCAGCAAGGCCUGAAUGGUGUUCUUGCUGAUGAAAUGGGCCUCGGGAAGACUGUCCAGGCCAUCUCCUUCCUGGCUUACAUUAAGGAAGUGGAGGAACCUGACGAAAUAAGUCUGAUUGUGGUCCCUUCCUCUACGCUUGAUAACUGGGCACGAGAACUGGAAUUUUGGUGCCCCGCUCUCUCCGUUCUCCAAUACCAUGGAACCCAAGAUGAAAGGAGAGGCAUUCGCAUUGACAUCAUGAAUGACAAUCUUGAAGAGACACCCGACGUUAUCCUGACCACAUACACUAUGGUGACAACGAGCACAGAAGACCGAGCCUUGUUCAAGAAGCUAAGAUUCCAUACUAUAGUCUUAGAUGAAGCCCACAUGCUGAAAAACAUGGCUUCACAGCGCUAUGAAAAUCUCAUGAAGAUUAAGGGUCAACGGCGUGUACUGCUUACUGGUACUCCACUACAAAACAAUCUCGUAGAACUAAUGUCCAUUCUCAUAUUUGUCAUGCCGCAGCUGUUCGAUAGCAAGAAGGAAGAGCUGAAGAGAGUGUUUUCAAUGUUUCCUAAAUCAGAUGAUAGUGGCAGCAAGGGAAAGUUUGAGCGCGAGAGGAUAGAACAAGCCAAAAGAAUCAUGAAACCUUUCUUCUUGCGGAGAUUAAAGUGCGAUGUACUUAAGGACCUACCAAAGAAAACAGAUGAGGUCAGAUAUGCCCCCAUGUCUAAACGGCAACAGAAAAUAUACACCGAAACUGUAGAAGCUUUCAGUAGAAAAGCAAGACAGAAUCAGAUUGAGAUUGAACAGAUGAACAUGAAGAACCUGACCGAAUUGGAGGAGCUGGAGGCCAUAGGGAAGUCCCCGACAAAGAGCUCGGAGGUGGACAGCAGCUCAAACAUGGUGAUGACCCUCAGGAAAAUCGCAAACCAUCCACUACUUACUAGGAAGUACUAUGAUGAUAGCAAGCUAAGAGAAAUAUCCAAGGUCCUAAAGAAGACAUCGCACCGGGAGUCCGUGUUAGAGUAUAUUGUCGAAGAUUUCUCUGUCAUGUCUGACUUUGAGAUCCACUCAACAUGUCUCAUGUAUCCUGCUGUUAGGAAAUACCAGAUGCCUGAUGAACUCAUCCUCAGUUCGGGCAAGUUUGAGCAGUUAGACAAGAUUCUUCCUAAGCUGAAGGAGGAGGGAUCUAGAGUGUUGAUAUUUUCCCAGUUUGUGAUGAUGUUGGACAUCAUUGAAAAAUAUGUCAAGAUCAGAGGUCACAAGUACAGAAGAUUUGAUGGUACUACCCAAGUGUCUGAAAGACAAGAACUGAUUGAUGAGUUUACGGAGAAUGAAGACAUCUUCGUCUUUCUGCUCUCAACCCGUGCUGGUGGCCUGGGCAUCAACCUCACUGCAGCCAAUACCGUGAUUCUCCAUGACAUAGACUUCAACCCAUACAAUGACAAGCAGGCUGAGGACCGUUGCCACAGGGUUGGCCAGACUAAGCCUGUACAUAUCGUACGCUUGCUGAGUAAGGGCUCCAUUGAAGAGGGCAUGUUGCAGAUUGCACAGGCUAAGCUCCAGUUGGAACGUGAUGUUACUGGCAUUGGAGAUGAGCAACAUAAAAAAGGUGACGUGGUGGCGUUGCUGAAAGCUGCCUUAGGCCUAGCCAAAGCUGAAGCACAAAGCUCUUCAUCGUCAAGUGGCUCUUAG